AUGGAUCCUGGAUUUUCCCAGCGGUUGCUCUGUCUGAUCCAUAGUUGGUUUUUGGGGAUACUAAAGAGGAUACCACAAGAUGGUACCUUCAACCAAACUACACCGUUGCCUUGGUUGAUCGGAAGCCAGGAAUGCUUCUCGUACGACUUGACCACUGCCACUGAUGGUGUCCGCUUUAAAAAGUAUGCAGUGCUCGAUGAUGACGUUGUCAUUGCCGAUGCAAAAGUAGCAUCAGUAUAUAAAUCCGUUCUUCAACGACUUGGGGUUUCGCUACCAAAAUCCCUUAUCUCGAAUAGCGGAUGCAUAGAGUUUGCCAAGAAGUGA